AUGGGUGAUUUUACUCUGCUUGAGAAAGUUGGCGAAGGAUCAUUCGGACACGUCUGGAAAGCUAAAGAUAAUCGAAGUAACGAAAUUGUAGCAAUGAAGCAGAUGAAGGAAUCAUAUUCAUCGUUGGAAGAAGGCCUUGAACUUACAGAAGUCAAGGCAUUGAUUAAACUCAGGGACGAUGAAACUAUCGUCAGACUCAGAGACGUUGUCUUUGUAAAUCAAGUGUUAUAUUUGGUAUUUAAUUACGUAGAAUCUACUCUGCAACGCCUUAUGGAUGAUAGGAUCAGUCUUAGUAAGGAACCUGUAAGGAUCAGGGUUGGGCUUUUUUCAGAGUCUGAAAUACGAGGCUGGUCUCGUGAAAUCUUUCGCUCUCUUGUCCAGAUGCACCGGCCUGGUGGAUAUAUCCAUCGAGAUCUAAAACCAGCUAACUUGCUGGUUACUAAACGUUACAAUUUCAUAAAGAUUGCAGAUUUUGGUCAAGCUCUGGAAAUCGGAUGUCAAUCACCUUGUUCGGAUUAUGUUACUACUCUGUGGUACCGAGCACCUGAAGUGUUGUUGAAUUCGGCUUCACACAACUCUGCUGUUGAUAUGUGGGCGAUGGGUGCAAUAAUUGCUGAAUUAUAUUCUUUUAGUGCUCUUUUUCCUGGUGAGAAUCGAGAAGAUCAGCUGGAUAAGAUUUGCAGUGUAAUCGGAAGUCCAACUUAUGAGUCGUGGCCAGAAGGAAUACAACUUGGUAAUUCGUGCGGUUACAAGUUUCCUCAAAUACUUCCAUGUGGUCUUUCUUCAAUGCUUCCUUCUGCUAGUCCUGAGGCUGUAGAUCUGAUUAAAUCCCUUUGUUCUUGGGAUCCAAAAAAGAGAUCAACAGCUUUGGAGGCUCUGCAGCAUCCUUACUUUGCGCCCGAUAUGCGUGCAUUACCAGAAACGACUACAAGUGCAAAGUUCGAUCAGAGAUUAUAG